CAAGUGCUCUUAUGUAAAUGUUUAGCAGGCACAAUAAUAGUGUGACCUUAUUUGAAAUAGAACAUGCGUGCGUGUGUGUGUGUGUGUACACAUUAGCACACAUGAUUCAGCACCUUGGACAGCUCCAGUCUUUUUGAAAAACGUCUGACGUCACAUCCAAAUGUUCAGGGCUGGGGUGUCCAAAGUGUGGACCGUGACUCCUUUAUUGUUGGCCGGGACACAUUCUAAAAAUAGCAUUGAACAGGAAAACUGGGAAAAACAUAGCAAAAAAGGAAAAAAAUCAAAGUCCAAACAUUUUAAUAUUAUAAACAAUAUUAUGUCAAUUUAUUAUUUAAAUUAUUUUUUGAUAGUCAUGAGCAACAAAUGUGUUUUUUGGAAAGUUGUGGAAAAAGUUAUGAGCAUAAAGUGAAAAUAUUAUGGGAAUUAAGUUAUGAUUAUCCAUCCAUCCAUUCCUUUUAUAUGCCACUUAUCCUCAGUUGGGUCCCGGGUAUGCUGGAGCCUAUCCCAGCUGCACUCACCAUUAAUUUGACAUUAAUUAAAAUAGUUGGAUAAUUUGAUAACAGCAAAAACAGGGACGAGCUGCUGUCGUUUUAUGAGAAUAAAAUGAAUAUAUGAAGAGGCAAGACUUCUUAAACCAGCGAAGAGUGAAGUUGAUGUUAAUAAUAAUUGGAUUGUUCAGCCAUGUGACGCAGUAAGGCGCAGGUUUUUUUUUUUUUAACUAGUUAGCAUAGUUAACUAGUUAGGAAAAGAUCAGAGUGGCAAAGUUGCGUCCUCCUCAGGUCCGACCUGCUUUAGAUCCGACCUGGUUUGGGUCCGACCUGCAUUCCAAGUCCAUGAAAUAUUCCAAGCGGUAAAAAAGUGGUCUGCUGCCAGCAUCUUUGACCUGACCAGAAGAAGAAAGCGGGACCCCCACCCCACCACCCCGGGACGAUGGCGAUGGCGGGCGAUGACGUCACAGGCUGCCUGGAUAAAAAGCCGCGUGCUCGCCGACCUGCGCGCACACGCACACGGACCCUCCACCGCGGAGCUCUCGCGCACGUUCACCUGCGGCAACCAUGAAGUCAACGUCGCUGCUCCUGCUCCUCCUGUCCUCGGUGCUACUCCCUCCCACCGCCAGCAGAGGGCACCCGCUACGAGAUAGCGGCCUCCCCAGCAGCCUCCAGCCGGGUCAGGUGCUCCUCAGAGCAGCCGCCGCCGGGGACAGCACCGCCGCCCGCCUGCUGGGCUUCAGCAUCCCGAGACUCUUCCUCGGGAAGGAGGAGGAGGAGGAGGAGGAGAAUAAUGAUGAUGAUGAUGAGGAAGGGCAGCUUCUGAAGCGCAGCGAGGAGGCGCCGAUCUCCAUCGACUUGACCUUUCACCUCCUGAGGAACAUGAUCCACUUGGCCCGCACGGAGAAGCAGAGACAGAGAGCCCACUUCAACCGCAAAGUGCUGGACGAGGUUGGCAAGUAAAAGUCGUCUGCGCCAACAUCUUCCUCUUUUAUGCACGCUCACUUCCUGUUCACGGCCACAAAUACUGUAAAUAGUCCACGUGAAUAUUAAAGCACUUCAGACAAUGCAACCCAAAAUGUAUUUUUUUUCACAUGAAAAUGUAUAAUACAGUAUAAAAUGUUUGACAUGCGCUUUGCAGAUUUGAACAUUCAAAGGAUGAUAAAGUUGUUUCUAGCAUCAGGUGGAAGGUUUCAUGAUUGACAAGUUGUACUUCAAUGUCAUCCAUCAGCCAUGUCCGUGUGGCCAAUGUUUAUACUUUCCAAUAAAACCAUCCUGAAGUUAAACCUUUGCAUUUGAAUCACUGCAACUUCACAGCUGGGAUAGGCUCCAGCAUAGCCCACGACCCUAGUG